GAGUUGUUCCGGGAGGAGAAGAAGAUGGUCACAGCUAACGUUAGCUAGCUGGUGUUGGUCUCGUAAGAUGUUGUGCCAUUGAUUUGGGUUUUUUUGUCUUAUACAUUCUCCGAUAGCGUCUCAGCCCGGGUAUAAAUCACUUUGUCGACAGUGUAGAGUGUCAGGAAGACAACAGUCAUCAGUGUGUGUCCUUGGAGUCAUUUAGUGAGUAGUUUUCAGGAAAUUGCGUGUGUUUGUGUCGGAGGAGGGGGACGUGUCUCCUCCGGUCAGCUGUCCGUCAGUUAAACGUCAGUGAGGCUUGUGGGAAGCAGCAGCCAUGGCAGCUCCUGUAAACAUCCAGACUCCCAGUAAGACGUGGGAGCUGAGUCUGUACGAGCUGCACAGGAGCCCUCAGGAGGCGAUCAUGGAUGGUACGGAGGUGGCAGUGUCUCCUCGCUCACUGCACAGUGAGCUGAUGUGUCCCAUCUGUCUGGACAUGCUGAAGAACACCAUGACCACUAAAGAGUGUCUGCACCGCUUCUGCUCCGACUGCAUUGUUACUGCACUGCGAUCCGGGAACAAAGAGUGUCCCACCUGCAGGAAGAAGCUGGUGUCCAGGCGGUCGCUGCGCAGAGACUCCAACUUUGACGCACUGAUUUCCAAGAUUUACCCGAGUCGUGAUGAGUAUGAGGCCCACCAGCGCCAAGUCCUAGAGCGACUCAACAGGCUGCACAACAAGGAGGCGCUGAGCUCCAGCAUCGAGGAGGGGCUUCGCCAGCAGGCCCGCUACAGGAACCACCGUGUGAAGAAGCCAACUCAGGAGAGUGACAACACCACCUUCAGUGGUGGGGAGGAUAACGGUGAUGCCCGCUCACACCUGUCCCACGACUCUGCCCCCUCACACACCCCCCACACCCCCCAGGGGCCGGCCCGGAGCCGCAAGAGGCCACGGGUGUCAGAUGACGGCUCGGGGCCCGAGGGGGACAGUGGGAGCCCCACACCUCCACUGAGACACCACAAAGAAGGGCCGGCUUCAGAGAUCGAGCUGGUGUUCAGGCCACACCCACAGCUGGUCCACACCCAGGACUACAACCAGACCAGAUACGUGAAGACGACAGCCAACGCCACAGUGGACCACCUGUCUAAAUACCUUGCUCUGCGGAUCGCUCUGGAAGACAGAGGGAGAGAGCAGGAGGGGGGAGGAGGAGAGGAAAAAGGAACAACAGGAGGGGGAGACAUUGGAGAAGGCGGAGAGGGGUCGAGUCUGAGCAACAUCAGUGAGAAGCAGUACACCAUCUACAUCAUGACCAGAGGAGGACAGUUCUCUACGCUGAACGGCUCCCUCACUCUGGAGUUGGUCAACGAGAAGUACUGGAAGGUCAGGAAGCCUCUGGAGCUUUACUAUGCCCCCACCAAGGACCAGCAGCAACCCCAACCUCCCGCUGCACAGAGGGAGGGCUGAGGGAGUGCGUUUAACUACGCUGUCUUUCUGAAGGUGAAAGUUCAGUCACCACAGUAGUUUCAUUAUUUUCAUUAGAAUAUCUUUGUUGGCAUUACGUUGCUCUUAUGUGGCCUAAGCUGUAAAAUGGUCUCAUUUGGAACAUGAAAUCUGACCUGAAACCUGAUUUUUGAAGGGAAAUCUUUUUCUGUUCACUUUACUGAGGCCCCUCUGGUAAAUAACCAGCCUUUAUCUGAAGUCCGUUUACUGGUUAUGAGUUAUGUCAUUAGGGAGGCUUGGGGUUAUAAACUGUGACUGAUGGGCCUGCAGCUGAGUAGGACCAGUUCUUCUGGGUUUACUGAUAUGAACCACCAGUUGCGUUGGUUUUCCUUUAGUUUAAAUAUAUGCAGCUAAGGAACCUUCAGUGAUCUCAGCCACAGCUGGACUGAUGUGCAGUACUGACUCGACAUGUUUUGAGCAAUCCUAGCACAGGUAGCCACAUAACGGAUAUGAAAACUGGUUAACCAAGGCAAUGUGCCAAAGCCCAUUUCUGCCAAGAAAGCUAGAAAUAAUCUGUCAAAUAGUAAAAUACUAUUUCAGACAUAACUGUACUGAUCAGUCAGCCUGUAGUACAGCAGUGUGAGAGGUUGUUCUAACACUACCUUAAUUGUGUUUUUCUUGUCAAAAUGUUUUUUUUUUUUCCAUUUCCUGGCAGAACUAAGCAUCCACAGUUAUCCUACCAAUUGCAAUGUAAGGAAAAACUUACCUGACUCUGAGGAGGUGCCAGAAUAUCUGUCGCUGAUUCAGAUGACAUGAACUGCUUGUGAACAUUGUUAAUUUCUAUAAGACAAAUGUGAAACGGCUGCUUGGAUCUUUACAUGAGAUCUCUGUAGAAUUCAAGUCCCUGAGCGACAGGGACAGUGUGGGACAGUCUGGCUCAAAACAGUGUAUAAAGUCAUUCGGCUUUGUCUGUGCUCUCGCUGACGCAUUACUUGAAGACAGUGUAAUGUUGUAACAGGAUGCAUACACAUAGCAGUAAGUUACGUGUGCAGUGAUUACACUUCUCAUUUCUCUGUAAACAAACUAUAUCACUGCCAAAACCAUCAGUUAGUUUUUCUAAUCUGCUUCAUCAGGUGUGAGACAGUGACUGGCUUGGUAGCUCUGCCAUAAUCAAACUGCCAAGCAGGAAUUUUAUUUUAAAGAGCACACAUGCAGGUUCUUU